AUGGUAUCUAUGCUGCCUUUCGGAGGAAUGGGUGCCUCUAUGGCCAUCACGUCUGCGGUAGCAUUGGCCAACAUUCUCUACGAAGACCUUCCCACCACUCAGGAAGAGGUUACCAAGGCGUUCAAAGAGUACUACGAUGAGCGCAGUGGAUUGGCACAGCAGUCGGUCGACGGAUCGAGAAAGACGGCAUACUUAAUGCACAAGCAGGGCUUUGUGGGUAACAUGAUUCGCCGUAUUGGAUUUAACUGCAUCCCGAACUGGCUGCUAAAGAAAGGAACGGACGCCUACAACGAAUACCGGCCCCAUAUUGUGUUCUUGCCUUUUACAACAUUCAGGGGCACGUACCAGUCAGGACGCACCAAUACCCCGUCCAAGAGGUGGCUCGCUUCUCAGAACCAAACCCCCGCCGCUGUCGCUCUCUAG